AAUGGAUACACCAAAUAUGUAAAGAUUAAUAACUAUUAAAGACAAGCAGCUGGAGCCAGACCCAAUAAGCAAACCUUUGAUUAAGCUCCUUCAACUAGGCAAGUGUAAACAUAGCUGUUUUAUUUAGAAUGCAAAACAAAUCGGAUAUUUUUGGACUCAACUCUCCUGCUCCUGCUCCACAAGCAUCAAGACAAAGUGCAAGACCCAAAACCGAUAUUUUUAGUAAUGAAUGUUAAGCACCAAAAUAAUAGGAAGUAUGAGACUUAUCAUAUAUAUUUUAGGUAAGAUAAAACAAAACUUUUUAAUCUCAAAUAUUUUCAUAAGAGGUUGUUCAAAAUGCACCACCGCCUGCUCGUUAAAAUCAAACAUUUGAGAAUUCAUAACAAGAAGUGAAAAGAUAUUAAAAAAAAAAUAAUGACAAUCGACAAGUUGAUCACGGAAAGGAUUUCUUAUUUGGGAAGAGUGGUAAUGUUAAUUGAAUACAUUCAAGAUUUUGAUGAAUAUAAAUCAUUAAAGAGAGCAGCCACUUUGAGUGAAUUCAAACCAAAACUAAAUUAUGAUCCCUAAAAUAGAAGAAAUAAGGAACUCUAUGGCAAUGAAAUAGCUCGCGAACAUCUACCUACCAAGGAAGUCAAUUUAGAAACAUCCAGUCCCUAAAAACCAAAGAAAUAAUUAUAAUAACAAUAAGAAUAGAAUCCAUCCAAUAGAAAAUAGAUGGAAAACCAAUCAAGUGUUUUUGGAGAUUCUCAAACGUAUAACUUAUAAAUGUAUUUGCAGUAAGGUUGUGUAGAAUCAAAAAGUUGAAAAACUGACUGCAUCCACAUAAAAAUGGAGUACUGUUGGAGGAUAGAGCAAUAACUAAGUCAAAGAGUUUGAUCCAGACACAUAUGCUAAGAAUAGAAAGGAAGCAGAAUUAUAAUCAAGUGUAUUUGGAGAAUAGGCAGUAAAGGUUUAACCAGUUGCAAUACCAGAAUAAUAAGAAGAAUCCGAAACAUAAUAAGGUAUAAUUUUACAUUAUAUAGCUCAAUAAUAAUAGUAAUAAAAAGUCUAAAAGCCAAAGGAAAGACUAAUUCCUAACAAUUAAACAUGGUAAUAGACUGAUUCAGUUAAAAACAAGAGAGAUUUUGAUCCAACCCAAUCUUAAGUCAAAGAUGAUGUAGAGGCAUCUUAAAAGAAAAUGGAUGCUCUAAAGUCAGCAUUGGAUACUCAUUAAUUUGAAGCUUAAUAAGUUCCAGCAAAUUAAAAAAUAUCAAAUAAAAAUCUUAAAGUAUUAAUUUUAUUAACAAAUAGUAAAAAAAAGACAUUAUUUAAAGGGAGGAGAAAUAAACUAAAGAAAAAACAAAAGCAUAAGUUAAGAAAAAAUGAUUUAUUUUUAUCAUAUCAAUAUAAUAUUG